AAUCUAUGUAUGUAUUUUUUUCUAUGGGGUUUUUGUUCGUUGGUAAACGUCUUGUCUUAUUUGUGCCCUUGUUAUUUGGUAAUUAUUUUCGAGAGAAAAACACAAAGGAAAAUAGCUGUUAUGCUGGGAGAGGGGUAUAUAUUUUUAUAAAACUAUAAUGGCAUUGCGAUAUUUCAAGUGUUUUACUUUUUAACGAUUGGUUAGGUUAGGUUAUGUAAAUAAAAACUAAUGUGAAAUGUUGGUUAGCUUAGUUAAAUUAAAACUACAAUAAAAUAGUAAAGACGUUUGGUUAUUUUAGAUAAGCUUAUUUUAAAUUAUUAAUUCCUAACUAACGGUCAAAUAUAUAAUUAGGAACAGUGAUAUAAUUAUCCUUGGAUGAUAUGAUGCUGAGAAGAACUGAUUUACAUAGCUGCAAUUGGAACUCGGUGACAAAUGAUUUUCCAAACAUUAAUCUUGGGGGUGAUGAUUACUCCAAAAUUCCUGUGUUGUUGAUGAAGUUGAAAAUUCAAGAAUAAUUGUGUAGCUUGCAAGAACAUCAAUUCGGAACAUUCAACUCAAUCUUACCAACUGUUGAAUAUAUUUCAAUGAUGGAAGUAGAUUCAAAAUUUGUGUUUUACAACAGAAAAACAAUUCUGUUGAAUAUGCAGCACAGACAGAAACUAAAAGUGUUGGUUAAAGAUAAACUUUCAUCCACUAAUCCAUGCAGAGAAAGUGAAAUAGACACUUUAAUGGGCUUGCUUGUGAUGCACUAUAUGCCUUCAAGCAUAUUUAUUUAUGGGCAUACUGCUACUGGAAAAACACACACAGUGAAGAACAUUCUGCAAGAAUUGAACUAUGCAAAUGCUUAUGUAAACUGCAUUGAAUGUUACUCACCCAAAUUAAUGUAUCAACAGAUUUUGCACGACUUGUUUGAUGAUCCUGAACAGUCCAUAUUGGAUUCCAUUUUUACAUGUGACAACAUGAUGGAUUUUGUCACUCACCUCGAACAGAAUGCUUCUUGUGAAAGGAUUUUCAAGGAACCAUAUGUGAUAGUAUUCGACAACUGCGAAAACCUUAGAAAUAUGGACGGAACAUUUCUAUCAGCAGUUUUACGUCUCCAAGAAUUCACAAAACUCAACUUAUGUGUAAUUCUUAUAGCUGGAAUUUCCUGGGACAAAUUCUACUCCAAAGUGAAUUGUGAAGUCCCAAUCAUUGUUCAUUUCAGGCAGUACACCAAAGACGAGUUGCUUGAGCUGCUGCUGCUGGAUGUGAAUGCUGACCCCCGCAUCCCCCGUCACCUGUACCGCGCGUUCCUGCAGCUAGUGCUCGCCGUGUGCUGCAGGUACUGCUGCAGCCUGGUGGAGCUCAGACACGUAGCAAGGACCACGUACCGCAAGCUUUGCGAUCCGGCGGAGGAGUGCGCGCCCGAGUCACUCGAUGUAAAGAAGAUGUGGGUGAAAAUCAAACCUCAUCUGGAAGCAUCCGUGAACAAGCUGUACAUGCGGGCGGCAGGGGAAUGGGACAGUGGCCCGGCACGCUGUGACCAGAACCAGCUGGCGGUCAGCCUGAACCUGCCGUACUUCACCAAAUACAUGUUGAUAGCAGCGUACUUGGCGUCGUACAACCCUGCCGCGUCCGACAAGAGGAUGUUUGUGAAGCACCACGGCAAGGAGCGCAAGAGGCUGCAGAGGCCGAGGAAGGGCUCGGCCAUCGGCAGGAACCUCCGGCAGCCGGACUCUUUCACGUCGGACCGGCUGCUCGCCAUCUACUACUCCAUAGUCGAGGACAAGGUGGGGCUGUCGACAGCUCUCCUGGCCCAGAUUUCAACUCUUGUAAAGCUGCGGUUGUUGAUACAAGAUAAUGAAGAUUGCUUAACCUCCACGUACAGAUGUGCAGUAAGUCUGGAUUUUAUAACAGCUAUAGGAAGGAAUGUUGACUUCAAUGUCCUGAAAUAUUUAUAUAGCAAGGACUGAAUUCUAAUGGAAGUGAAAUCAGAAUUAAGAAGUACCUACAUACCACAACAUGAGAUUUGGGACAAGUUUUCUGUAUGGGAGUUGGAUGGACGAGGAGUGAAAAUAUAUUAUUUUUAAUUUCCC